AACAACCUAGACUACCCCAGGCGAUAACCGCUUCUUUUCAAGGCCGAACAAGGAAUUUCUAGAUCCUCUAGGUAGCUAGAAGCCUAGAAUUUUCUGCGUUCAGCCGGUCACGUUCAAAUUUCUGUCAGGCGGGGCGCACAUAGGAGCUGGGGAUCUUGAAACUAUUAAAACUAUAUCUCAGUAUAAGUAUAUCCUCCAAAACUCCAAAGCGCACCGCCAAAAACCCAAUAACGGGCGUCCACGUCGUCUCUCGCCGACUUGUUUCCCGUUCUCCGGUAUUCGUUGUUCGUGGUUCCAAACGGUGGAUUUCGUAAUUGUAUACUUGUGUGGGUCGAAAUUAGGGAUAGGGUUGGACUGUUCACUCUGCUCCAAGCCAAAACAGCUCAGCCUCAGUUUCUAUUCAUGAACUGGAACAUAAUAGAUAUAGAUUCUCUUGUUUAUUCAAUACGAUGUCGAUUUUGAGACGGAGAUCAAAAGUUCGGAAUUCUUCAGAUUUCUCAGAGGCUGAGAAAGACAAAGACGCAGACGAGAGCAAGAAGGAUAAGGGGAAGGAGAAACUUAACCGAAAGCAAGACGGAGGAGAGAGGAGGAUAAAGAAAUGGACUUGCGUCGACAGCUGUUGUUGGUUCAUUGGUUUUAUAUGCUCGAUGUGGUGGUUUUUGCUUUUCUUGUACAACGCAAUGCCUGCGUCUUUCCCUCAGUACGUGACGGAGGCAAUCACGGGGCCAUUGCCGGACCCGCCUGGUGUGAAAUUAAAAAAAGAAGGGCUAACCGCCAAGCAUCCGGUGGUUUUCGUGCCUGGAAUUGUUACCGGUGGGCUGGAAUUGUGGGAGGGACGCCAGUGUGCUGACGGAUUGUUUAGAAAGAGACUAUGGGGUGGCACAUUUGGGGAAGUGUACAAAAGACCGUUAUGCUGGGUUGAGCAUAUGUCACUAGACAAUGAAACUGGACUGGACCCUCCUGGCAUAAGGGUCAGGCCUGUAUCUGGACUUGUGGCAGCUGAUUAUUUUGCACCUGGUUAUUUUGUCUGGGCAGUUUUAAUUGCUAAUUUGGCUCGCAUUGGAUAUGAGGAGAAAACCAUGUAUAUGGCUGCAUAUGAUUGGAGAAUAUCAUUCCAGAACACUGAGGUCAGGGACAGAACUCUGAGCAGGAUAAAAAGUAAUAUAGAACUCAUGGUGGCUACUAAUGGUGGGAGAAAGGUGGUUGUUAUUCCACAUUCAAUGGGUGUUCUGUACUUUCUGCAUUUCAUGAAAUGGGUUGAGGCACCCGCACCAAUGGGUGGUGGGGGUGGAACAAAUUGGUGUGCUGAGCAUAUAAAGGCGGUGAUGAAUAUUGGUGGACCCUUUUUAGGUGUGCCAAAAGCAGUCUCUGGAUUUUUCUCCAAUGAAGCCAGGGAUAUUGCUGCAGCCAGUUUGGAUUCAAUUUGCAACAAGUGGGCUUAUGCUCCAGGCUUUCUGGAUAAGGAUGUUUUUGGUCUUCAAACUCUGCAACAUUUAAUGCGGAUGGCUCGCACAUGGGAUUCAACCAUGUCUAUGAUACCAAAAGGUGGGGAUACUAUCUGGGGUGGCCUUGAUUGGUCACCUGAAGGAGUCUACAAUUGUGGUGCAAAGAAACCAAAGAACAAUAAUACACACACUAAAGUUCCAAAUGGGAAAGGGGCAUCGAGUUUCAUGGAAGGUGUGAACUAUGGGAGAAUUGUAUCAUUCGGGAAAGAUGUGGCUGAGCUUCAUUCCUCCAAAAUUGAGAGGGUUGAUUUUAGGGAUUCUGUUAAGGGUAAUAACCCUGUGAACAAGUGUGACGUCUGGACAGAAUACCAAGAAUUGGGUGUUGGGGGUAUUAAAGCUGUUGUGGACUACAAAGUUUACACAGCUGGAUCAAUUUUGGAUCUGCUUCAUUUUGUUGCUCCCAAGCUUAUGAAACGUGAAGGUGCUCAUUUUUCACAUGGCAUUGCAGACAAUUUAGAUGAUCCUAAAUAUACACACUACAAAUAUUGGUCGAACCCCUUAGAAACAAGAUUACCGAAUGCUCCCGAGAUGGAGAUUUUUUCUAUGUAUGGAGUUGGAAUACCCACUGAAAGAGCAUAUGUUUACAAGCUAACUUCGACUGCUGAAUGCUCAAUUCCAUUUCAGAUAGAUACCUCAGCAAAUGGUGGAAGUGAGAACUCUUGUUUAAAAGAUGGAGUUUUUUCUGUUAAUGGAGAUGAGACAGUUCCUGUCUUGAGUGCAGGUUUUAUGUGUGCAAAAGGUUGGAGAGGGAAAACCAGAUUCAAUCCUUCAGGCAUCCGUACUUACGUAAGGGAAUAUAAUCAUGCUCCUCCAGCUAAUCUUCUGGAGGGCCGAGGCACCCAAAGUGGUGCUCAUGUUGAUAUGCUGGGGAACUUCGCAUUAAUAGAGGACAUUUUAAGGGUAGCAGCGGGAGCUACUGGGGAGGAGUUGGGUGGAGACCAGGUUCACUCUGAUAUUUUCAAGUGGUCCAAAAAGAUCAACUUGCAGCUAUAGUUCAUACGCACUGGAUCCCUCUCAUCAAGUGGCUUUUCUACUUUGUCGUGUCAACUCUGCAGUUAAUGUAUGACCCUUGCAAUUUUCUAGCUGGCCUCACAGUAGUCACAUUCAUCCUUUGGCAGCGAAGAUCAUACACCCACUUUUCCCACUGGCACUUCAAGAAACUCCUAACAGACUACGGAUGCAGCCGAAGUCGGUGAAUUGUGGAGGUACAUUAAUUAGCUCAAAUUCAACAAGGUUUCUGUUACAAAACCAAUGCCAUCCCUCCUGUAUCAUCCCUUCAUUGUUUUGGAAAGGGCCUAACUAGUUUACCGAUUGGUGCAUUUGAGUUCUCUAGUCUCCUGAAAUUAUGGUUAACCUGUAAUUAUCCAACUAUUGUGAAUAAAAUGUGUUAUAAGUUUGCUUUC